UCUUUUACGUGUACUAUCGUUUUCCCGCCCAGUCCAGGGUAUUUGAGCUAGCUAGGGUUUUUCUGGAUGAGUGCGCGAUGGAAUCGCCACGGAUGGAUCCGGCUGCCGGGGAUGUCGAAGAGAUUAUCAACGCAUUGGAUCCGAAUUCGUCGGUGGAGCUGGACCUCGCGCGGCUACGCGGCGUCCUGGAGAAUGUCCAAAUCCAUGGCUUCCAGCGGCGGCACUGUGGGCGUUUGGAGGAAUUGCUGAAGCGGCUCCAAUCUAUUCAGCGUCCUGAAAUUCUCGUGACUGAGGAGUUUUUCGAAGCGCUGGCGAAGCUCUAUGAUAAUCUUGUCACUGGGGAUUUCACUCGGAGGGAGGUUUUGUCGUUGAAUUUGCAGCUUUUGUUUGUCAUCGAAGAUCUAAGCGAUCAUCCUCAAGGCAAAGUUCUUUCUGGGAAGCACUUCAUCACCAGGCUUCUUACGUUGGCUUGCGCUAAGUCGGGGUCUUUAAAACUCAAGCGGGCUUCUGUGGAGACUCUUUGUGCCUUGAUUACUCGAUCGGCCGAGAACCAGAAGUUUCUGAUACUUCACGUGACUGGAUGCUACAAGCUUUUCAAGGUUUUUCUCCCGAAGUGUGGAGACUUCCAACUUCAAGCUAGUGCUGCGGAGAUACUUUUUCGAUUAACAAGGAGACACAAGAGGCUCCUGGAUAUAGUCGAUGACGAUGCUGCGAAGAGGGCAAUGCUAUCCAUGCACGAGAUGAAAAGGCCAGAUGUCAAGACCGGCAUUAGGACCUUCGUUAACUUGGUCAAUGAGUCCCUGGGAGCAUCGAGAAGCGUUCAUUCCUUUCGAGCCUUACAAGUUUUCAUCGAUGGCAACGAACAUACUCCUCACGAAGAAGUAUGGGUGCAUAUCGGAGUGGAUCAUAUCAGCUACUACACAAACUCACCAAGCAAAGAGUUUGAAGGCGCUGCAGAGAUAAUGGAUUUUGAUUUUAAGAAUAUCAAAGAGAUCAAAGUGCUCUCCUCGUCAUCUUUGGAGCUCGUUAUUUGGAAGCCUCAGGACGAUGCUGCCGUUCCAACAAGAACUAUAGCACGCUUUCGAUUUUCUUCAGAAGAUGCAAGGCUCGCUUAUGAGUGCUGCAGGGGAAGGCUGUCCUCGCUAAAUGCAACAGUUCCACCAUCAAGUAGUCAGAUUCCUUGGACGGGCAAGACAUCAAUAGGAAUUGCGGUGCCUCUGCCAAGAAUUACAGACUUCCCAAUCAUGCCCGGUUGCGCAGACGACAGAACUACAAGAGAUGUGCUUGUACCAACGACUAUCGACAACGUAGUACCAGGGCUUGAUACGGACACUAAAGACAACGUGAAAGUUCCGCAUUCGCCGGAGGUACCCUCUCAUUCAAUUCCCGAUGUAGCAGAGGUUGAGGAAAAAGAAAACGUUGGCCACCUUCGUAGCAAGUUGAAGGCUAUGCUUGAUGGACCAACAAAGAAAGCGAUCGAGAAACUCAAGGUCAUCCAAGAGAGAAGUCCCAGCGUGCAAAGGCAGAUCCAGGCCCCGAUUCACACUAGAGCACGAGGUCGGCCGAGAAAGAAAGCGGCGCCUAAAACACAGAAGCCAGAGGAAAAGGUUUUAUGUGCAGUCGAGCUAUCAGAAAAUGACAAACCCGCCAAGCUGUUUCGUGAGAGGAAGCUUCCUCCAAGACCAACCAAAGAGGCUGCAGCACCACUUAAGCCAUUGUUUAGCGCCACGAAAGAGAUGAUAGCAGAAGUCGAGCUAUCAGAAGACGACAAACCCGCCAAGCUGUUUCGUGAGAGGGAGCUUCUUCCAGCACCAAACAAUGACGCUGCACCACCACUGGAAUUUGGCAACCCAUUGGUUAGCGCCACGAAAGGGAUUAUAGCAGAAGAAUAUGACAAACCCGCCAAGCUGUUUCGUGAAAGGGAGCUUCCUCCAGCACCAACCAAUGACGCUGCACCACUUGAAUUUGGCAAGCCAUUGUUUAGCGCCACGAAAGAGAUGGUAGUAGAAGUCGAUCUCUCAGAAAAUGACAGACCCGCCAAGCUGUUUCGUGAGAGGCCAGCACCAAGCAAUGACGCUGCACCACCACUUGAAUUUGGCAAGCCAUUGAUUAGCGCCACGAAAGAGAUGGUCGUAGAAGUCGAGCUCUCAGAAAAUGACAGACCCGCCAAGCUGUUCCGUGAGAGGGAGCUUCCUCCAGCACCAAGCAAUGACGCUGCACCACCAGUUGAAUUUGGCAAGCCAUUGUUUAGCGCCACGAAAGAGAUGACAGAGAUCAAGACCCGGCGGCGCAGGCGGUAUACACUUGCAGAGUUGACAAGCGGCAUAGAACACGUGAAUUUGGCUUCAGAAACAAAGCGUCCAAAAUUUGAGAAGGACAACAGUGUUACUCCAGAGUCUCCAAUUUGCGAUCCCUGCGAUGAUGAUGACAUGGAUCGGGUCGUUGUGCUCUUUGCGAACAUGCUGAACAAGUUCAAGAAGAAGUUGCAGUCUCGAGUUCGUGAUAAAACUGCUCAUAUAAUAACUUCCACCUCGGAGGCGAUCAAAUCGGAGGCAGCCUCUGUUGAGUUACAGAUUAAGAAGGGCACGGAUGAUUAUGCUCAACAAUGUAGAGACAAGCUUGGUCGGAUAGAACUGGACCUGCAUGAGAAAGCCAAGAGCUUCAAGAAGCUCUGUGAAGAUUUUGACAACUUGUUCAAGCACCACAGCGAACAAUUAGAGCAAAUCCAGACUCAGAUGGAAUGUACUGACGACGAACUCAACGCCUUGUCGGAAAAACGAAAGCUAACACAGAGAAAAUUGAUUGCGCAAAUGCAAAUGAGGGGCGAAGAACUUCUCAGCGAAGCAGAAUCCAAGAUUCUUGCCGUCCAAAAGGCUGCCAAGCACAUGCAGGGCUUCAAGCAAAUACUCCAGCAACUGGUAAUGGACACUGUAGAGUUAUAAAUUGCGGGGUCGUUUAGCAUCCGUUAAUAAGAAUGACAUCGUUUGCCCAACAACAAAGAGAAAAAGAAAAAAAAAAUUGUAGUGUACUUGAAAAUCUUCUUCUGAGUGUACAAGAAAAACUCACUUGAUAAUCUUCUAG